UGCUCGAGGAUUCAAAGUUAGACCACCGUCAGCGUGCGGAACCAGUAGGGUAACGUGACCAGAGAAGGAUAGAAUGCUGUUCAGUCAAACCGGAGCACUGACCAAGGACAUUUUGAUUCAUUUUAUAACUUUUUGGAGCUAUUUGACCAAUUCAAAAUUGAUUAAGAAAGAGUCAAAGAGCACACACAAACCAGCAUUUACCAGACAAAGAUCAGCAUCAAACUUCAUGUGGACGUGAGAAGAGAAGUGAUGAGGACAGUUUGGACAAGAUACCCAUGACAUAGUUGGAAUAAUAGACCCACGAUUCUAGUUUUUUUUAUGGAACCACUUAAUGCCAAUCUAUGACAGUUGGGGAAGUUGUUUUCAAACGUUUAAUUCUCAACUGGGAGAGAAGGCCUAUCAAAACAAACAUUUUCUGACGUGUUUUAGUCAAAGGAUCCUUAGGGAAUCUUAUUUCCAUCUUGCAGACGGGACGGGACUGUCGAUUAUGGCGAAGACCUUGUUCAUCUGUUUCCCACUGGUUCUCCUGGCGGGACAUCUCCUCGUGGUUACCGGACAAGCCACCCGAACACCGGUUUCGCAAGACCCGCACCCAGACGUCCAUCCGUCCGCCACCCAGAAACCAGUAUUCUCUGGUAGAGGGGACAGGUUCAACGCCAAUGUCUCCACUGCUCGGCGCAUGCGACCUUUGCCACCGAUGUGCUCGGGACCCACGGAGAUCAGAGACACAUUUAAGUACAUCAACACGGUAGUAUCAUGUCUCGUGUUUGUUGUCGGUAUUAUCGGGAACGCCACGCUCCUCAGAAUCAUUUACCGGAACAAGUGCAUGCGCAACGGGCCCAAUAUUCUCAUCGGGAGCCUGGCGCUGGGAGACCUGCUGCACAUUGUGAUUGAUAUUCCCAUUAACGUGUACAAGCUCCUAGCGGAGGACUGGCCGUUUGGUGUGGGUCUGUGCAAACUGGUGCCUUUUGUCCAGAAAGCUUCAGUGGGCAUUACUGUGCUGAGCCUGUGUGCUCUGAGCAUCGACAGGUACCGAGCAGUAGCGUCGUGGAACCGUAUCAAGGGGAUCGGUGUUCCCAAGUGGACGGCUAUAGAGAUCGCACUCAUCUGGCUGCUGUCUAUCCUGCUGGCUGUACCUGAAGCUAUAGCCUUCGACAUGAUCGCCAUGGACUACAAAGGAGAGCACCUUCGCAUUUGUCUGCUACACCCCAUGCAGAAUUCAGACUUUAUGAGGUUCUAUAAGUCCGCUAAGGACUGGUGGCUGUUCAGUGUGUAUUUCUGCCUCCCUCUGGCCGUCACCGCCGUCUUCUACACCCUGAUGACUUGUGAGAUGCUGAGGAAGAAGAACGGAGUCCAGAUCGCCCUGAGUGACCAUCUCAAACAGAGGCGUGAGGUGGCUAAGACCGUGUUCUGCCUGGUGCUGGUGUUUGCUCUGUGCUGGUUGCCUCUCCAUCUCAGCCGCAUCCUCAAGCUCACCAUUUAUGAUGAGAAAGACCCUAACCGCUGUGAACUGCUCAGUUUCUUCCUGGUUCUGGACUACAUCGGGAUCAACAUGGCGUCUCUUAACUCCUGCAUCAACCCCAUCGCUCUCUACAUGGUCAGCAAGCGUUUCAAGAUCUGCUUCAGGUCAUGUCUGUGUUGCUGGUGUCUGCCAGCUGAGAUGUUGAUGGAUGAGAAACAGUCCUGUAUGAAGCUCAAAGUCUCAGACCGGGCCUCCGACCAGAGCAACUCACGUGCUACUAACAAGGACACUUCAGCAUGAGAGGGGCCCUGCGCAGUGCAGAGAAGUACUCAAUGAAGUAACCUAUGAUCUACCUUAAAAGACUAAUUGAAGAUCAGUCAUAUAAACCUGAUUCUUACUUUAACCAUUAUGACAAGGUCAUAAGAAGUGCCCUUAUUUAGGUAUAGUUGAUGUAGUUUAAAACCACUUGGAGAAAAGAAGUGCCCUAAUCCAGUAAAGUCUCCUCUGACUGGAGGGUGAAGUACUCAAGUGCACUUUGAGUGUUGCCUAUGAAAGUGAAUGGUCUGGGAUGUGUAGCUGGGAGAGGGUUGAUGGGAAGGAGGAUCAUUCGGGAAGGAGUGGAUGGAAGUUUAGUGCAGACAAUCAAAUAUCAGUAUUAUUGAUGAAUGGCACAACAUCGGGUGGUCAUAUUAUAGAGAAAUGACAUUGCCGGGUGUGACUGUUCCUGAGUAGAACCUCUAUAUGAAUGUUCAUAAGAUACAUGACAUAAGCCAAACCCAAAGAGGCAUCAUAGUGCAGAUGCCUGACUUGAGACAUACAGAACAUUAUAUGAACAUUUUAAGUAGGUUGUAUAAACGUUGUUAAUUAUACAGUAUAAUAUCUGAACAUAUCCCAUAUACUGCUCAGAAUUCAAGGACUUUAGACUUAAUUCAUUUUUAUACCUUUUGUUAAAUUGCUUUUACACUGUUUGAUAUUGUUACCAGUGGAGGCUGCUGAUGGGAGGACGGCUCAUAAUAAUGUCUGGAACGGAGUAAAUGGAAUGGAAUCAUACACCUGGAAACCUUGUGUCUGAUGUAUUGUUGGAAUGGUAUCAAAAUCUUCUCCAGCCCUUACAACGAGCCCGUCCUCUCCAAUUAAGGUGCCACCAACCUCCUGUGAUUGUUAGCAUUAGCAUUUCGAUGUGAUUUUAGCUGGAUAGUUAGCUAUAGCAUCCUUGAAUGUUUGUUUGUGUGUUCUGUGUUUGGGAGGCGUUCAGCUGUUUCUCAUUAAACUACUGAUCUAAUUGGGUUGAACGAUAUGUGAAUAAAUCAUAAAUGGCAGCACAUUCCUGAAGUUCUCACAAUAACUUUCUGGCUUUAUUUUCAAAAUGUGUUUCAAAAACAGUUCAGUGUUUGUCUCAAAUAUGAUCAUUUUAGUAUUCUGUAGCUUUGUGGACUGCCACCCAAUUGUAAAAACCGACUGAUUUUAUUAUGCUUUAAUAGCGAUCAUGACAAGCCAAAAGGACUUUCACCGCUUAUUGGGGAGUCGGAUGAGAGGGAGGGGAGAGGAUAUAUUUCCAAAUGCCUUGUGGUUUUUUACCAAGGUAUUGUGAUGGUGUGUUAUUGAAUACGGAGCUCUGUGUUGUUGUAUAUCCUGUACAUACAGUAGCUGUCCUGUGAGUGUAUGGUUGUGAUGAUGUGCCUGUCAAAGGUUGUGUGGUUUAUAUUUUCCCAAAAAUGUUACAAAAUAAAAACAUUUACAUUUAA